AUGUCGACAACAAGUUUCAGUAGCGGUAGAAGUCACACGAAAUUAUUCCAAGAACUGCAAUGCUCUCCCUCUUUGAUGGUUGGGCUUCAACAACAACAAUUAAUUUGCUUCUUAGCAGUUGACAUUCUCCUCUCCAUCACAGCAUUUGCAGGAAAUUUUCUUAUCCUUGUGGCCCUUCACAAGGAAUCUUCCCUGCAUCCGCCGUCCAAACUCCUAUAUCGUUGUCUGGCAACAACUGAUCUGUUGGUUGGUCUUGUUGCUCUCCCUCUCCGUGCUCUAUAUUGGAUGUCCGUGGUUCAAGAACACUGGAGCCUUUGUCGAUACGCAAGAGACGCAGCCAUCAUCACAGGCUAUGUAUUGUCUUUAGUGUCUUUGAUGACGACGACGGCCAUCAGCGUGGACAGACUUCUCGCCUUGUUGUUGGGACUGAGAUACAAGCAAAUUGUAACUUUGAAGCGCACGUAUAUUAUUGUAACUACCUUUUGGGUUUUUAACCUUGUCAUCACUUUAAGUAGAUUUCUUCAUCAUCCUAUAACCUUUUUGUACUUCUACCUAGUUAUAUCAUUUUGCCUGGUAAUAUCAGUCGCAUCCUACGCAAAGAUUUUUUGCACUCUCAGAUAUCACCAAGCACAAGUACGAGAUCAACAACAGCUGAGCCAAACAAAUGCACUGAACAUGGCGCGAUUCAGAAAGGCAGUAUACAGUGCACUGUGGGUGCAGUUAGUAUUGGUUGUUUGUUAUGUACCAGUAUAUACAUUGACAGUUGUGAUCACUCAUACUAAAAAAUACUCAUUACUCUUAGUCGUCACAUGGAGUGUAGCAGUUAUUUUACUUUCCUUAAACUCGACGUUAAACCCGUUUCUUUAUUGCUGGAGGAUUAGUGAAGUGAGGCAAGCCGUGAAGCAGACAAUCAGACAAGCACUUUGUUGA